UGAGUGCGGGCUACUUCCCGGAUGUACUGGCUGCCCCUGGUUUCAUGGCCCUGACCGUCCCCUGUUGUCUGGGAGAGGUUAUGUUGGCGCUGACCUUCGAGAUGUUCAUCACUGUCAAUGCCGCGAUCAUCUUCAAGCCCGCAGAGGCGAGCUCCUCCGGUCUCAGCAUCACGCUGAAAAGGACUCAAACCUGUGAGAGUGAGUACCUGUCGGCUGGUAGUCGCCUCCUCUCUGCAGCACGUAUCCCACAGCCCGCACUAACUGUUCACUAUACGGCCGUGAAUGCCUCGCAGGAGCAGGUGUUCACACUUGACACUCUGUCGGCCCGACAGUGGCUCCGACACAACCAUUUGUGGGCCAGCGAGUUGUGGGCGCAUUAGCUCCCACUCACUGUCACCUAAAA